AUGGCUGAAGAAGACGAGUGGGUUAAAGUAGCUAUGGACGAUGACAGUUUAGUGGUGGAGCUGCUUUUAAAGCUAAACCAACCAGAACAACAACAACAACAACAACAACAACUACAACCACGGGCACCAGGACUACGGCGACGAAGACGACGUCGUCGUUUUGCGGGGGAUUUGGUGAAAGAAGGAGCGGUGCUGGCUUUGAGUGUGGACUGGAGCGUGAGACAACGACGCUCGUCGUCUAAGCAAGUAAUGAUGACGAGGAGGAAAAAAGGUUCUGAUUCGUCUACUCGUGCUAGUCCUACCACUCCGCUUUCAUUUAGCGGUGGCACCUCCGUCAGCGGUGGUGGUGGCGGCGACGGUUUUGAUGAAGCUACUACUAGUGCUAGUCUUCCUGUUAAGUUGACUGCCACCUCGAGAUCUAAGGUUGCUGUUACAAGUGAAACACCAACCAUCAAGAGGUCAAGAAAGAAGAAGAAUUCAACCGAUGUGGUUGGUUCCGUAUGUGACAACAUUGCUUCUGCUGUCAAGGAAUAUGCUAUCCGGAUGUAUGAUGAAAUCAAGAAAAUUAUGCUUUGCAUUGUUUUGUCUGAUAGAUUUAUAACGUUAGUUGAGCUCAGAGAGGAAGAGAGUUUGCUAUUGAAGGAAAGAAGACGUUUGAAACAUAAAUUGGCAACCUUAUGUGCGACUGUAGAGGAAGAGAGAGCCAGAAAUGAAAGCUUGAAGAGAAUCGAGCUUGAUUUGCUGUCACAGCAAAGACCGAAGAUAUUUACAGCUUCUGAUAAAUCAGAUGUUAUUUCGAUCCAGCCUCAGGAAAUAAAAGUAGCCUGUGAUUCCACAUAUUCAAUGUUGCCACACAAUGUUCCUUUCCAGUUACAGGAGGAUGAAGGCAGGAAUCCUUCCUUUACGCUACCUGACCUAAAUGAACCUGUUGAAGGUGAUUCAGGUUCUGGCGUUCUGAGCUGA